AUGGUUUCUACCGAGCCCCAUCUUAAUUUCCGCUCUUUCGUCGAAGCCCUCAAGGCUGACAAUGACUUGAUCGAAAUCAACACUCCCAUCGAUGCCAAUCUCGAAGCCGCAGCUAUCACCCGUCGUGUCUGCGAGACAGACGAUAAAGCCCCCCUCUUCAACAACAUCAUUGGCUCCCAGCAUGGUCUCUUCCGUAUCCUCGGUGCACCAGCCUCGCUGAGAAAAUCCUCCAAAGACCGCUAUGGCCGAUUGGCGCACCAUCUUGCUCUCCCACCUACUGUAUCCAUGCGCGAUAUCCUCGACAAGAUGCUCUCCGCUAGCACCAUGGCUCCCAUCCCCCCUAAGAUCUUAGAGACGGGUCCUUGCAAGGAGAACUUCCUGGAAGGCGACCAGAUUGAUCUGACGAAGAUCCCUGCGCCUAUGAUCCACCAGCAUGAUGGUGGGAAGUAUAUCCAGACGUAUGGUAUGCAUAUCAUCCAAUCACCCGAUGGAUCGUGGACGAAUUGGUCCAUUGCGCGUGCCAUGGUCUCCGAUGAGCGCCAUCUUGCCGGUCUUGUCAUCGAGCCCCAGCACAUCUGGCAGAUUCACCAGAUGUGGAAGAAAGAAGGUCGUGAUGUCCCUUGGGCUCUGGCCUUCGGUGUUCCACCCGCUGCCAUAAUGGCUUCUAGUAUGCCCAUCCCGGAUGGCGUCAGCGAGGCUGAAUAUGUCGGUGCGAUGACUGGAUCUGCCCUCGAGCUCGUCAAAUGUGAUACGCAUAACCUGCUCGUUCCUGCAACUUCGGAAAUUGUCUUCGAGGGUACCCUCUCGAUCACUGAUCAAGCUCCUGAAGGACCAUUCGGCGAAAUGCAUGGAUAUGUCUUCCCUGGUGACACUCAUCUCUGGCCAAAGUAUACGGUCAACAAGAUCACCUACCGCAAUGAUCCCAUCUUGCCUAUGUCCUCUUGUGGUCGUCUGACAGAUGAAACGCAUACAAUGAUCGGCUCCCUCGCCGCCGCCCAAAUUCGCAAAAUAUGCCAACAAAAUAACCUCCCCGUCACAGAUGCCUUCGCUCCCUUCGAGUCCCAAGUCACCUGGGUAGCCCUUCGGAUCGACACAGCCCGUCUCCGUGAAAUAAAGACUACCUCGGUCGAGCUGAGAAAGCAAAUCGGUGAUUUGAUCUUCAACACCAAGGCAGGCUAUACCAUUCACCGACUCGUGCUCUGCGGUGACGAUAUCGACGUUUACAACGGAAAGGAUGUGAUGUGGGCUUUCUCGACUAGAUGCCGACCCGGUUCUGAUGAGACUUUUUUCGAGGAUGUUCGCGGUUUCCCGCUCAUUCCUUAUAUGGGUCAUGGCGCUCACUCUCCGACUCGUGGUGGAAAAGUUGUUUCUGAUGCCCUUCUGCCUGCCGAGUAUACGACUGGUAGAGAUUGGGUGUCUGCGGACUUUGAGCAGUCUUAUCCUGAGGAGUUGAAGAAGAAAGUUUUGGAUAAUUGGACCCAGAUGGGAUUCCGCGAGGAGUGA